AUGGAAAAGACAAUUGAAUAUCUUCGACGUGACAAGAGGGAUGUAUUAGAUACAUUUGGAAUUCAAAACUGCUAUGAGAUUCUCGAGAAAGGGCAUUCCAAAUCAAUCGGUUCAUUCCUUGUCUCAAUCCUCCGUCCAUUUUCUGAAGACCUUGACUGCUCUGAAUUUAAUACUCUUCUUAAGAGAAUGCAACAUGAAAAAUUGAAUUGGGAUAAUUCUUUUUAUGUCCGCGGCAUUUCUACCCAUUUGCAAUCCCCUAUAUGGAUUUUUUGGUUGAAUGACGUUCUUUCCACAUUUGCCCCUAUUUUGAAGAAGUGUGAGAUUUAUACUGCAAUCUAUGUAUCCCAAUUUGCUUAUGCUAGGAAUGUCUCCCUGCUCAAAGGAUUCUUAGAGCGGUGGUCACCCGACACCAACACUUUUCAUCCCAUUUACGGCGAACUUGGGAUCUCUUUAUGGGACCUUCAUCGCAUUAGCGGGCUCCCCAUCCGUGGUGAGUUUUAUGAAGAGUUCACCCCCUCCAAUGACAUUUUAUAUUCGUCCCAGACAUCCAAGGCAUGCCUUGGGCUUUUCAACAUUUAUGCCAGCUCUUUUCAAUCCAAGAAGUUUAACCACUGGACUUUCAAAUUCAUUGAUGAAUCCUUAACUUCGAUUAGUGGCUUUCAACGAAAAGAUAAAAUCCCUGAUGAUGUGUAUCUUUCUGGUUUCUUGGCGAGCUGGCUUAGCAAAUUUGUCUUCCCUCACUCUUCCGGGGAAAUUCGUCCGACUACGUUUCAUGUAGCCACCAAAAUGGCCGGUGGAACCUUAUUUAGCUUGGCCAUCCCUGUCCUUGCGUACCUCUAUCAUUCUCUUGGUAAAAUGGCAUCAUCACCUUCACUUGGGAAGGAAAAUAUUCAGGGUCCUUUGCAUUACCUUUUUGGAUGGAUUUCACUAUAUUUUGUUAAGACUUACUCUCAUGGGGAUCCUUAG